CAAAGAUUUUUGUGUUACACAUUCUGGCGUAUAUUCGUCCUAAUAUGAAUUCACAUUUAUAAAUUAGGGGCAGUGUAUCGUUUAACCAAAGUGCCUUAGAACGACGAACACUGAAGGUGUUUUUUCGGCGAGACUACAAUUUAUGGGCGACCUUUGUGCGAAACUGAAGUGACCUUGAGAGUGAACAACUACUAAUUAGGGCUAAAUGAGGGUUAUAAAGCAGCCAGAAUUGUCAUUUACAGCUGAUGGUUAGGGCUAAAAAUUAGAUUUAGGAUUUUCAUCACGAACUGACAUCAGCUAUAAUGCCAAAACUUGUUAUCUUCUAUCUGACUGGUUCGUCCAUAAAUUAUAGUCUCGCCUCCAAAAUAAGUAUUUUUCUUGGAAGGCCACUCUCCGAUCUUUGACCUAGAGGUCUAAUCCACAAGGUGGUGGAACAACGUCAGGAGAUGAAGUUCCAUGGUAGCAGGUGUCCAACUCUUCUCACCUUCGGUCGUACCAUAGCAUUUAGGGUCUGGUGUUAUGAAUACACCUGAAGGGAAAUUCAGCAAAGUGAUCCGUGAUUAAAUAUUGACUAGUCUGUUGGUUAUUUCAACAUGAGCUCAUAUUUGUCGUAAUUGAAGUGCUUUUUCUAUUCUACCGUUUUAUAUAUUGCCAUUUAUGAGUCAGAUUUAUUCCUUCGGCUACUUGUACUGCCUGAGAUAGUUAAGACGAUGCGCUUGAAUACAACGCUUUCCUAGUAAGCAGUAGAUCUAUUCAAUGUAUUGGGAUAUUUUUACAUUCAUAGUUAAGGAUGUUCAAUAAUUUCACAGAAUUUCCACUACUUAGAUGUUUUAAUGAUAUAUAUAUAUUUCAAAUUUAUGUUUUUUUGUCUACUGGUAGGCAUUAUGUUGGUCGUCAGAUAUGUAUUCCUUAAUAAAUUUGUCUUUGAGUCGUGGCUCUUAUGGUACUCAAAACAUCUUCAAGUUGCUUUAAAAGACGGAGUGCCACAGUCGAUCUUGAUGCAGUUGAAGAGCCAAGUAACACAUUUACAGACCGACAUCUAUGUGAAAGUCGGGAUAGAUUUUUGCUUAAUAGCAUCCUAAUAUUUGUUCUUCGAAAGGGGUAUACAGCAAUUUUAAAAGAAGUUAUUCAGCUUUACGGUCAAUUGUGUCUUAAACCACCACCUUUUUGUGUAUGGUGUUGUGCAACGGUGUUAUUUUCCAAAACUUUAAAUGAAAAUUUGAUUGAGACUGAUUCUAACAAUUGCAAUUUAUCUACUAAUUAUCAAGAUCAAUUAGAGACUUUAAUUACUGUGGGAAAUAAUUUAUUUUCUAAACUAAAUGAUUCAUCGCCGUAUAAACCAUACCUUAACACUUAUUUAAAGGAGGCUAGACGUGUUAUUAUGCAUCUAUACUUGGAAUCAUCUGCACCAACAAGUAAUUAUACUUUGUGUUUUUCCAAAUUAAAUCAACACUAUUCUCAAUCAGAUCUAACUGAUGAAGUACACAAUUUCCGAUUACGAUUUUUAACACUAUUCGUAUCUGAGAACAAAGUGAAUUGUUAUUUAAAUGAAAGAUGGUUUCCGGCUAGAUUUAACGUUUUUAAAAAACUACAACAAUUAGCAUUUGAUAUUGUUAAACAUUUACCUGAAGUAUUAUUGGAUAAAGUUGGAUCAAGUGAAUGGGUAUAUAAUGAUGCAAUACUAUUAGAAUUAAAUACACUUUUAGCUUUAAUUAUACGUCAACAAUUUAUUCGUAAAUCUACAUGUACAGAAGAAGAUUUAUUUGAAUUGAUUCAUACUUAUCAUUCUCAAUCAUGUCCAUCUCAGUUACUUUAAAAUUGGUAGAUUGUUUGUUUGUGUUUGUUUAUUUGUUUGUUUAUAAUUAAAUUGAAUUUUGUAAAUAGUUCUACAAAUUGUACUUUUGGCUUUUUUUGUUGUUGUUGGCUACAUGUUGCCAUAAUCAUGUUUUAUCUUUUUCAAUGUGAAGUUUUAUUUUCAUAAUCAUUCUUACAUGUAUUUAUUUGUUAAAACAGUAGAAAUGUGUUAUAAUGGUUAAUACUACUAAAUGGUAAAAAAGAAAGAAUCAUAAUGAUUAUGUAAAUUCUAGUGCAUUAGUAAUAUAUAAAUACUUACUUACUUACUUACGCCUG